UCUAAUCUAUAGGAGACAAAUCAACGUUUAUAGGUGUCUGUCUGCAAAGGGGAAUAAUUGAAGGAAAUUGGUUACCUUAAGACAAUUUAAAGAUGGCACCAUUACACCUGGCGAUACCUGUGUUUUUAAUUGUUCUUUUAUGUGUUGGAUUGUCAGAACAACGUGCUGCGACAGUGGUUGAAUCGUUACAUAUAUCCACGGACAUCAAGUACCGGUUUGCAACAACUCGAGUAUCCAGUACUAUAUCAAAUCCAAGUCACCUAACGAGAGAAGUUUCAAUGGAUGUUAUUUUACCAGAAAGCGCAUUUAUAGCCGAUUUUGUCAUGGACGUUGAAGGAAAAGAAUAUAAAGGUCUGGUAGAAGAAAAGGAAUCAGCUAAACGUAAAUAUCUUAAAGCUAAAAAGGAAGGGGAGAGUGCUGGACAUCUGGCAGCAAGACCGCGAGAUACGAAUCGGUUUGUUGUACAAGUGAACAUCAAGGCCAUGAAGAAAGUAUCUUUUAACUUGACCUAUCAGGAGGUAUUAAAGAGAAAGCGGGGAUACUAUGAUCAAACAUUAUACGUCAACCCUGGUGAACCAGUCAGUGAUCUUCGUGUAGACGUCAACAUCCUAGAAUCUAGACCAAUCACAUUUCUCAAAGUUCCACCAAUCAGAGAUGAUCUUUUAACCAGUGUUAAUUUAACAGCUAAUAACCCCCAUGCAUAUAUUAUAAAAAAUAACAACCAGUCAGCUCAUAUUACCUUCCGACCAACAAUAGAUCAACAAACAGAAAAUAAUCCCUGGGGCAUAUCAGGCAUGUUUAGUGUGCUCUAUGAUAUUGAAAGAGAUUUUGAUGCUGGAGAUGUGUUGAUUAUCGAUGGCUAUUUUGUUCAUUUCUUCGCUCCUAAGCUCAACUUCCCACUCCCGAAAGAUAUUUUAUUUAUCCUGGAUACCAGUGUUUCUAUGGAUUUUGGCAAACUCGAUCAACUCAAGGCUGCCAUGAAGAUUAUAUUGAGUGAAUUAAGACCUGGUGAUCGUUUUAACAUAUUAGAUUUCAAUACGUAUUCUGAGUUCUGGAACAAUGAAGAUAUGGUACCUGUUACUGAUGCUAACUUAGUGAAAGCUGUUCAACAAAUAGAAAACCUGCAAACUAAAGGAGCGACUGAUAUUAAUGAAGCUAUGUUAAAGGGAGUUAAUUUCUUAUAUGAACAUGCCAGUGAACAUAACCGAUCGGUAAUAGUGUUUUUAACUGAUGGAAGAUCAACUGUUGGCGAGACAAAAGAUACACUUAUUCUGGAAAACAUCCGAGACAGUAACAGAUAUCAUAUACCUAUUUACACCCUCGCCUUUGGUGUCUACGCUGAUUGGCAACUCAUGAAGAAAAUCGCUGUCCAGAAUGAUGGUUUUGCCAGACGAAUCUACGAAGAAGCCGAUUCAGCUCUUCAAAUCAAAGGAUUCUAUGAUGAAGUGUCCACUUCAAUGAUAACAGAUCUUAAUUUUGAUUAUUUGGACGAUUCGGUUGAAGGUAUAACAGAUUCUGAUUUUAGUAAUUAUUUCAAUGGUUCGGAAAUUCUAGUGGCUGGAAAACUUAUCAAUGGUAGCUUAGAAUCAUUACCAAUACAUAUCAGAGGUAAUACAUCACAAGGUUUGAUAGAGUUGGAACUCGAAGCUCACGUCAGAAGACAACAGGAAAUUGAAAAUUUCAAAGAUAUCACAGAAAAGAUGUGGGCGUACCUGAAGAUUCAAGAUAUCCUCAGAAACCGAGAGGGGGCCAUAGAGGAAGAAGAAAGGGAAGCUUUGAAGAAGCAGGCUGUAGAUAUGUCAAUACAGUAUAAUUUUGUGACACCUGUAACAUCUAUGGUUGUAACCAAACCGGGUGAUGACAGACAACAACAACAACAGAGAGAUGUUGUUAGUACACAUGAAGGCGAAGGCUUUAAUGUUGGAACCUUUGGUGGAUGGCGGAAUCGGGGUAGAGUUGGUAGAGAUCCCCAUUUUAUGGUAGAUAUAGUUGGGUUAGAGGUUCCUGUAUGUUUUGAUGUCAAGGGCAAAGAAAAUGAUGUGUUUCAAUUGAUAAAGGAUCCGGAAAUCGAUCUAUCAGUGAAUAUAAAGUUAACAGUUGGUAAGAAGACAGAUAAGCAUGGCUAUAAACGACGAUUUAUCAAGGCUUCGUCAGUUCUUUAUGGAAAUAUUACAAUACUAGCUAAGUUAGAUCGAAUCGUGAUCAAUACUAGAUCUUAUAAAUGGGACAGUUACAAAGUCUUACAUCUUGGGGAUGCCAUGGCGAAGAUUGGCCCAGGUGUGGAGGUGCUGACCAUCAGAUUAAAGUCAGGAGUACGCAUCUUAAUACAGAAACACAAACACUGGUACGGCGACGAUGAUGGAGAUGAUUUUCUCAAUGUAGAAGUUGAUAAAGAUAACAGAUUAUCUAAACAAUCGUCAGGUAUUCUAGGAUUGUUCUUACAUAAAACUAUAACCGCCACAGAAUAUACAUUCAAUGGACGAAAGUCAGCUACGUUACGGAUGAAAGUUAACGGUAGACUGGAGGAAGACAGCGCCCGGUUAGUAGAACGACACGACCCAACAUUUAACGCCACGGCACCAUGUUGGUCACUACCCGAACACGGCCAUAUACAAUCAGCUGUGCAAUCAUAUCAUAAGAAAUUUCUCCGUUCUAAAUAAACUCUACAAUUUCAAUAGGCAAAAACUUUAUAUAAUUAAAUGGCAAAUUGGUGAAGAAGUAUGGUGUAAAUAAAGGAAAAAAAGUGCUUCCCGCAAUUUAAUUGUUCAGCUAUAAUAUGGGUUCAUGAAGGAGAAAUGGUUCGAGACUUUGUAUAUCUUCGUAGUAUCAAAAAUAUUGUUUGAUAAUUUUAAAAUAUAUUUUAAAUCUAUAUUGGAACGGACAUACUGGGUACUUAUAAAUAUUAUAUACAUAUAAGCAUAUAUGAAAUGAUUAUAAUCUCAAGUAGGAUAUCAAAUAAUGUUACUAAAUCAUAGCUCAUAGAAAACUAUGAAUAACUCAAAUUUAACCAUAUGGCUAUAACACAUAAAUGUCGACAAAUAUAUUGGACUGUCUAAGCAAUGGCCUGGAAUGCAAUAAAGACGAUACCAUCACGAUGCUUCGUUGCGUGUAUACAUACUAUGGACACAGUUGAUCGACUGCGCCGUCAUCUUGAUCUUUAGAAUGUUUUAUAGAGAAAACGACUGCGAUAUACGGUCCAUGGUUAUGUACAAAGAAAUGCGUACCAAGACGAAUGUUGAAAAAAAAGACUGGAACAGACUUAAGUCAUCGGAUACAUGGGUUGUGACAUAUUUAACUGGUUUUUCUGGUCUAGUAGAUAACACUCAUUUAUCAACGUUAUUAGAAAAAAUAUUUUGUAGGUUGUAUAUAUUGCAGUAUAUCAAUCAAUAUUUUAAGUGCUUGCUGCUAUUUACGUAAUGCUAUAGUAAGAACAACUGUUAAUAAUGACGUCAGACAUUAUAAGCAAUGCCCACCAGUUUCUUUUCAAUACCAAAUGACCUUCUAUUGUGCGCGGUCAUGCUUAUGAAAAAUUGGAUUGGAUUUCUAUUUCAAAAUGUUCCGCAUACACAGUUUAUAAUGCUAUAGGCACAGCAUUAAGAAUGGGGUCAUACGCGUUUAAAUAAUUUUGCGAUGUAUAUUGAAUCAUAUUAUCAUUUAUUCCAUGUUUUUUGUAUACAUACUGGAUAUAUCAACU